AUGGAUGCAAUUCAGAAAAAUGACAGUAUAAUUCUCAAAGGAACUAAUUUUAAGUCAAAACCAGUAUUUGCAUGUUUCAAAUAUUCCAAAUUUGAUACAAUGGUACCUGAUUUGAUGAUGAAAUAUGGUAAAUCAGUAACGAAUGAGCAGCCUAUAAAGGGAAAAGAGUUUUUAUAUCGUGGCGAACGGAGUUCCCCCAAAUUUAGACCAGUACCUAUUAACUUACAACCUUACUUCCUUCCUUUUUAUUAUAGCAUGCUAUUAGUGGUAGGUAGUGAUGAGCGUGAUACUCUUGUUCUCACCUCUCCAAUAGCUGAAAAUGUAAGAAGAUUACUUGGGUUUUCUAGGUGGUCAAGAAAACAUGAAAAACAUGAAUGUAUGCUACGACAUAUAGAGAAUGAAAUUAAAUUUGUACCUUUAAGCUAUAAUUGUACCCUUAAAAAAUUAGAAAAAGAUUGGCACAAAACUGUUCGUCUACGCAAACGUGACACUGUUGAACUCUAUGUGGUACCAAAGCCAAACGAAUACUUUCCAAUGCUCUUUAUUAAUUGUUCAAAUGAUAAUAUUAAAAAUAUCUAUAAGAACAUAACUGCGCUUAUGAUCGCUAGAAAUGAUCCUAUAUAUUAUUGCCCUUUUCUAUUUACUUGUGCAAUUUUCAGGCCAAUUAUAUUCAAUAUUAUCGAAAACCGUAUUGAAUAUAAACAACGUCUACCAAACAUAGAUGUAACAGAUGAAGAGUUUGCGAUGCGAAGAGAAGAAUGGGUAGAUCGUGAAAGAAGACAUAUGAUAUCGGAUUGUAGAUGUCGUUCUAAUACCGCCAUUGUCCCAGAGGUGCAACAGCGGUCUAUUUGGUCGUGGCAUUCUGUAGAGGUGAUAUAUUACACAUAUGAUUGUUAUCAAAGACUACCAGAUCCACCCUAUUACACACCAAUUCAUCAUAACUGUAAGUCACAUUGA